GUUGUAUGUUCUAUAUGUAGUCUGUUCCUAGUAGAUUGAUCGUAAAUUCAUGCAUCAUGUAUUGUUGUUGAAUCACCUUCAUCAUCAAAACAAAUCCUCAGCAUGCAUUCGCAUUUUUCGUGACACGAAUGUACCUUUAGUAAAGCUGGGCUUGAAUUUAGCUUUCACACUGUCGUCAGGUUCCUCUGGAGUAGAGGAAGAAGCAACACGUGCCGAGGAACUUGACGAUGGAGCAUUCUGAUCUAGGUCAUGCCUUUCGUAUUCAUGCUGAAGAUAUUCUUUUUCUUUUUCUAGCAAAAGCUCUGAUACAUUCACAGGAUUCCCGUUGUAUUCUUGAUCAUCUUGGUCUUGUUCUAUUUCAGCUGCGGCCGUUGCCCAUCGAUUUUCAUGAACAGCAGCUGUCGGUGUUCGGUUGAGCGCCCGGAUAGAUGCUUCGGUAUCUUUACUCUUAAACAUUUCCCACGCUGAAUCCAAAACUUCUUCUGGAAAAGCUAUCCGCCAAACGUCUAUAACUUGUGCAACUUUUUUACAAAACAUAUCCAUCUUUAGACGACCUCCUAGCCGUCGACUAAAAGCGUAUAAAUGAUCAAAAAUAGAACUGAUAGAUGGUUCCAAACUACAUAUUAGAGUUAGAAUAUGCUUUACUAUUCCAUGAAUCUCAUCCUUACCUAAUUCGAUAUCGCCAAACCAGCGGCACUCCAGAUAUCCCGUUAAACAAUAGGUCAUUGAUCACAUAUAAUAAUCCCAAUUUCCUCUCCCCUUUUUCCAAAGUGGAUUUAUCGUUUAUUCUUUCCUCAUUGACAUCCUCGUCUUUCAGUAAUUCUUGCACGAUUGUUUCAGAAAUCUACGUCAAUAAAUGGUUAGUACUCCGAUAUUCCAUCAACAUUUCCAUGCCUCUUUAUACUUAUCAACAUAAUCGAUGGCAAAGCAUAAAACAUUUGCUAUAGAUCCUUUUUCACAACUCAUGCGCGACAAUAACCAUUCCAAUUUAGCUUUGUCUAGAGUUGACAGAUGCUCUACUGACACAGCAUUCUUAUCUUUCUCUUUCUUUUUUUCAAGCUCUUUUCGUUGGGUAGAAAAUAUUGAAUCAUCGUUUGCUUCUGUUGUUCCAACGGCAGCUGAUAUGUAACUUCCAUCCACCGGUUUAGUAGACAAACGUCGUAUAGCGUCUCGUGCAAACUUUUCAUUGCGAAAAACAGAUAUUCCUUUUGAAUAAUUUCCUUCAGGUGAAAAGACAUUAGUAGCAAUCACAAAGUCGCGUCCGCCUAAAGCUUCUUUCAAGGUUGCUGCAGAUGUCUGUUUAGCAAUCCCAUCCAGAUGUACAACACAGGGCUUUUCAGAUACUUCCUUAGUAUUAGAAAAAAUGUUCUAAAUCAUAUAAAAUUCCUUUUCUCCAAAAACUUACAGCUUGUAGCUUGGUCAACCGUUUCCAAUGCGUACUCUUGGCGUCGUCCAAUUUCAGCUUCUAAACCAGACUUAGCUGUCUCACUAUCGUUCCAAGUUAGCCUUGAAUCCAGCCUUUGAACUAAUUACGUACGUAAAGGAAUGCUUGUUCCUCUCUAAAUUGCUGAUUUUCUGACGCUCGCCCGCAAAAAAUGCAUUUUCCUCUUCGUCGGACUAAUACCUUAGCCUUCUCACCCUAUUAAAAAACAAGUAUGAAUUCUUACGUCUGAACUUAUGUCUUGGUUCACCGCAAAAUGCCGCCGUCCUCCGAUAAUGGGUCUUUUUUCUGUUGGUACAUAAUGUCAGCAAACUUUUUCUGAAAGCUUCCACACGAACUUGUUUCUAAAGUUUGCAAUGGAAACGAAUGAUCAUGAUCCAUUCUAAUAUCAUCUUUAUCUGCAAGCUUUUCUUGAUAUGCUCGCAUUUGGAGUCAUUGGUAGAAUACUGAUCUUUCAAUAUCAUUUACGCUUCCUACACUUUCGGAUCCACAUACAGUACUUUUUUAAUGUUGAACUGUACAACAAAUCAUCUUGUUAUUUCUUUCUCGUAAAUCAGUUUUAUUAACCCUUACAUACAUUAUUUUCCGUUAAUACGUUCACGAUGCAAACAUUUGGAUUUAUAGUAAAAGUUAAAGUCUGUCAAAGUCUCAGAGGUUGAUUAAAAAAGAAAAAAUUUUGAUGCUAUAGCUUAUCCUUCUGCUUCCUUUGGUUGCAUUCAGAUUCUAAUCUGAUAGUUUUGGUACAAGUAUUUUCAUGUAUCCUUAAAUUGAGUACAGAAACUUGUUGCUUUCAGCAAUAUAAGUACAAAUAGUUCGUUCUAUUUGGUUCAUAUAUGUUUGUUUACUAGCAUUGGUUUUGAGAUCUCAAUGUUUGUUUAUUUCCUUCUUCCCAAAUAUACAUAUAUGGAAAACCUAAUUAUUGGCAUUUACAAAAAACAUCCGAGGAUAUAAAAGAGAAGGAAAUUGAGAAAAAUAAUCGGAAUGGUUGAUUUACAAGACCCAAGAGCACUGCGUGAACUUCAGGUAAAUGCUAUACCCUUUAGUGAUCCUUGGAAAGAUGAUCCCAUACAUUUAUCAAAGAAAUUGAAAGAAGAAUCCGAUGCCCAAUGUGAUUCUGAAAUUCGCCCGCAAGAUCAAAAGGAUCCUCUGGAUCUUGAUAUCUGGGUAGCGUAUAAUUACCUGUGUAACGUAUAUGAAGCCAAAGUGUACGUCUCGAUAGAUUGGUUUAAAACUAACUGAGAAGAUGGAUAGAAAAUCAGAUGGAAGUCGUUUAUAAAAGUAUAGACGACUUCAUAGCUUCUCUAGCUGAUGGAAAGGUGCUUUAUGACUUAUCUAUGAAGUUCUAUCCUAAACUAGCAAGCAAUUGGAGGCCACGAUGUCGUGCUGCUAAUGGGAAAAGCUUGUACAUGGGAGUUUUCUUUGAAUUUUUAGACUUUGUUGGAAUGUUUAGUGCUUUUCGCUUUGAACCGAAGCACUUACUUGAAUACUCAAAUAUUCCUCGUGUGAUAUAUUCCUUACAUGCACUUUCUUACCUCCUAAACUUUUUACAAGCGACGCAACAUGUUCCUCAUUUGUUUGGUAAAAUACACCUGAAACGGGAUGAGGUUGAACUUACUAACCGACAAAUCUUGCCUUUGAGAAGCUCCAGGAAGUUUCCUAAUUUUACAAAAUUAAAAAAACAUUUCCAUGGCCGCCUUCACCGUAAUAUUCAAAGUAGUGCUCAAAUUAACGAAAGAAUCUUGGCUACGAAACGGCCCCCUUCAUGGGUUAUUCCUUUACAAGCAGUAUGCAGGGGAUACCUUUUUAGAACAACUAUAAAUACCCGUGAUAUCAUGAGAGAAAAGUUUCAAGAGAAUACGCUUAAACUUCCUUUACUGGAAAAGUUACUGAACACAUCUAAUGCAGAUGAGAGAUUAACAAUGGUCAAGGAAAGUCAGCAACUUUAUCGAAUUAUGGUUUGUUUACACUCUCAAAUGUUUCACCUUCCCUCUCCGGAGCUUUCGUUGGAUCUGAGCUGGCUAGCUUUGUUAGGAUCAUCUGUUGAAACUUAUAAUCAGCUAAUUCCGCCGAUCUUGAAUAAUGUCGUAUUCUAUCUUCAAGAAAAUCCUUCUCUAUGGAUCUCGGUUUUGAGAAGACUCUUAAUAUCAGGCGUUGAUAGGGUCGACAUUUCAAAUUACGGGUUACUUGUGUUGAAGUUUUUCGGAUUUUCAGUCACGACUAAAGAUCGUAAACUAUUAAAUGACUUUAUACUCGAAGGUCUCGUAACAUCAUUAAAUGACAAGACGGCUUCAAUAAGCAAUGACGUUACUUGCGGAAUGUCUUCUGUAUUUUUGUGGAUUUCCAAAAUAUUUUCAAGCAGUUUGUUCUUGGAUUUUGAUUCUUUCUUUGACAAGCGAGCCUCUUUUAUACUGGACAGUUUUUAUGAAUCAGAAAACAGUACCAAAUCACUUGAGGUCGCUGCAAUGCACAGUGUCAGUGAAAUUAUUUACAGCUUCUAUUUGCAUAACAAAGAGUUGCCCAAAGAGUUCUUUUAUGUAUUCAAUUCAUUAUAUUAUUCUGAAGCUGGUCGAAAAAAUCCUCGUUCUCUAAAAUCAUCAAUGUUAUGGUUAUUUAUCGACCAAGUCAUAAACUGCGUCCAUAGGUUUCAUUCUCAGAAAUACUAUAGAAAGCAUUCAGAAAAGUUCGCAUUCAUAAAACAUUACUUACGUUCACUUUUCGAAGGAGUGCCCAACUUAGAGACUGGUGAAAUCCAAUGGCAUACGCGAAGCUACCGAAUCGUCGAAGCGCUAAUAAGAAAAUUAAUACAUGCUCCCAUUAAAGCUCCACCUCCUGAACUUGCAGGAAGAUCUCUAAGUUGUACGCACAAAGAUACGUUCAAUCUUCAUACGGUACUGAAGUUGUGUAAUGAUCAUGGAGAUUUUGAUAAUUAUCCUUCCUUUAAGCGUCUUAUAACCAAACUUGGUUCUCCUAAAUUGUGCAGGAAAUAUGAAGGUCAAGUUUUAUUCUUGGAUACAAGGCGUGAAUAUAUGCAUUCCAGUAUACCCUGCUCCCAGGCAGCCAAAUAUCAAUUGUCCCUUAGUUUAUGUUUACCUUUAGUAGAAGGCCAUUUGCGCUGUUCUCUCAAAGAAACAUUAUGGGGCAUUCCAACUUCAUCAGAAAACCAAAAGUUUAAGGGUCUUUUGCAGCUUGAUCAGAGGAUUAGGGACCUCCAUCCUUCUUCUCUGACAGGUAUUACUGACUCCUUUUCUACAUCUGCACAACCUAUACAACAAUGGCAGUCGCGUCUUAGGAAGUUAUUGAGGAACUUAACCCGAACAGACGACGACUUGGAAAGUAUACGGUUUCUUAUACAAUACGGACGUACCGACCAAGGCUGCGUAAGAGAUAUUAAAGAGGCUUACAAAAAAGUAGCCCCCUUAGCUAAAACUUUAAAACAAACUGGGAUUGAAAGUAAUGAGUUUCUGAGAUUUCUUUCAAAGGUAGGAAGCGGUUUGAAAAAAUCAAAAGAGUACAAUUAUAAGCACCCUUUGCUUGACAAAUCCAUGGGUGAAUUACUGCAAAUGGAAAUUGUCUACAAAUGUCCUCCGGAGCUUUUAGAUCACACUUUAAAAAUUUUUGUGAACAAAAAUCGAACGGCACUUCAUUUCUUUCUUUUGAACAAAAAAGAAUUGAUCGAUGAAUCCGUGAUCCUAGUUAAUGAUUUGGUACAAGCUGCAAACAUAGGCAUUUACUUUAUUGAUGUACUCAAUUUCCCGUUCCAUACUAAGCAGUUACAGAUUUGGCUAACUCCGGUAUCCACAUACGCCAGUGAAGAAAACUAUGCUGAAAUAAAAAAGCAGAAACGAAAGAAGGUUGCAGGUUUUGAACAUACCAAGAAACAUAAAUCUGCGAGAUAAAUAUUCUCUUGUCAAUUACUCAAACAUUUUUACUUUAGGUGAAACAACAUUGAAAGGAUAGAUAGAAGAUUAACCAGUUAAUAUAUUUUAUUAUUAUAUACAUAUAAAUGUAUAAACCUUGUCC